AUGGGGGUCGGUGGGUGCUUAGCCCUGCCCUGGAGGUGCCUAGUCGUCCUCUGUCUCAGGCUGCUCUUCCUUGUGCCCGCAGGAGUGCCCGUGCGCAGCGGAGAUGCCACCUUCCCCAAAGCUAUGGACAACGUGACUGUGCGGCAAGGGGAGAGUGCCACGCUCAGCUGCUCUGUGGAUAACCGAAAAACCCUGGGGGCCGCGCUGGCCCGCAGCAGCAUCCUCUAUGCCGGCAAUGACAAGUGGUGCUUGGACCCUCGGGUGGUGCUCUUGGCCAACACCAAAACCCAGUACAGCAUCCAGAUCCAAGAUGUGGACGUGUACGAUGAGGGCCCCUACACCUGCUCCGUGCAGACAGACAAUCACCCCAAGACAUCGCGUGUCCAUCUCAUCGUGCAAGUGUCUCCAAAAAUCACCGAGAUCUCUUCUGACAUCUCCAUCAACGAGGGCGGCAAUGUCAGCCUCACCUGCAUAGCCACGGGCAGGCCAGAUCCAACAAUCACCUGGAGGCACAUCUCGCCCAAAGCCGUGGGCUUCAUCAGCGAGGAUGAGUACCUGGAGAUCACGGGCAUCACGCGGGAGCAGUCGGGCGAGUACGAGUGCAGCGCCUCCAACGACGUGGCAGCGCCCGUCGUCCAGCGGGUCAAGGUCACCGUCAACUACCCGCCGUACAUCUCGGACGCGAAGAGCACCGGGGUGCCAGUGGGGCAGAAGGGCGUCCUGCUGUGUGAAGCCUCCGCCGUCCCCUCCGCUGACUUCCAGUGGUACAAAGACGACAAGCGGCUGGCUGAAGGACAGAAAGGCCUGAAAGUGGAGAACAAAGCCUUCUUCUCCAGACUGACUUUCUUCAACGUCUCCGAGCAGGACUAUGGCAACUACACCUGCGUAGCCUCCAACCAGCUAGGAAACACCAACGCCAGCAUGAUCCUCUACGAAGAGACAACUACUGCUCUGACACCCUGGAAAGGCCCCGGUGCAGUGCACGACGGGAACAACGGCGCGUGGCGGCGAGGCGUCUGCGCGUGGCUGCUGGCCCUCCCGCUCGCCCAGCUCGCCCACCAGUUUUGACCCGAGAGCCGGCCUGUGGAGCAGCGGCGGCGACGACCACGGCCAGUGAGCGCAAGCAGAAAGGAGAGGAAGAAGAAGAAGAAGAAGAAGAAGAAGAAGAAGUGUUCACCGUUUCCGAAAAUAAUCAUAAGAAUUGAGAGAGUAUCCGGCCAGGCC